UACAUCCGGAAGGUGGGGCUUUUGUUGCAGGAGCGGUUAGUAUUUGGGAAGCCAAUGCUUCGGUAUUAUCCUCUAUAUCAAUGCAGCCAUCAAGGUAGCACCAACCGAGGGAAGAGAUACAAACCCUGAUUUAGGGAGUUGCAAGCUGUCCAGAAUCCAGGGGCUCAGCUCUGCUGUCAUAUUUGCUAGAGAAGCUGGACAUUUUCUGUCCUGCUGUGGCACAAAGUGGACAGGACACAACACGAGUUCUGAAUUCCAGGUAGUGUCACAGAGUGCAGGGAAGUGUGUGUGUGUGUGUGUGUGUGUGUGUCUGGGUGUGCCUGUGUGUGAGUGUGUGAGACGGAGGCGCACAGAAGAAUCCAGCAAUGGCUACCAGCAAGAGUAAAAACCAGAGCUCUUUGGCACUGCACAAGGUGAUAAUGGUGGGCAGUGGUGGCGUUGGGAAGUCGGCCCUUACCCUACAGUUCAUGUAUGAUGAGUUUGUGGAAGACUACGAGCCCACCAAGGCAGACAGCUAUAGGAAGAAGGUAGUCCUGGACGGGGAGGAGGUCCAGAUUGACAUCUUAGACACAGCAGGCCAGGAGGACUACGCUGCCAUCAGGGACAACUAUUUUCGCAGCGGGGAGGGCUUCCUACUGGUUUUCUCCAUCACAGAGCACGAGUCCUUCACUGCCACCGCUGAGUUCAGGGAGCAGAUCUUGCGAGUGAAAGCAGAGGAGGACAAGAUUCCUCUCCUGCUGGUAGGAAACAAGUCAGACCUGGAGGAGCGCCGGCAGGUGUCUGUGGAUGAGUCACGGGGGAAAGCUGAAGAAUGGGGCGUCCAGUAUGUCGAGACAUCAGCCAAAACCAGAGCGAACGUCGACAAGGUGUUCUUUGACCUGAUGCGCGAAGUACGAGGCAAGAAAAUGUCAGAAAACAAAGACAAAAAUGGAAAAGGCAAGAACAAGAAGAACAAGAAGAGUUUCAGAGAGAGGUGUUGUUUACUUUGAACUCUUCAUAGACCUUAAUACGUCCCGCAAUACAACUGUGAAGUUGGGGAGCAAAGCAAAGCGUCCUUGUAAUUGUCAUUCAAAUGAAAUGUAAUCUUUUUUAAUAGCUGUUUAUAGUGUAGUGUCCUUUUGGUUUUUUUUGUGUGUUUUUAAUUGACUUAAACUGAGUAGCUGUUGGAAGAUAACCACUGUUGUGACUGUGACUUGGAUUACAGUGCUGGUAAAGCCAAUGACCAAACUGCCACAGACAAUAUCUCUGCUGCUCAAGUCUUCACUGUUUAACUCAGUGAUAAUACUGCCUUUGACUUUGGUUCAGUGUUUUACAACAGAAUUAUUCUCAACUAAACAGUGCCCUUGAGUUCUUAACCCAAUCAUAAUUUUAAUCUGCAUAUUUUUUCCCCUCGCCAUUGAACCUUUGAGUUUAUGAUGACCAAUUUACUGUAACUCUAAUGCUGGUCUCUGUCAUAUUUGUAAUCAGCGAUGAUGACAGUGACUUGUCGUGUUGAAGAUGUCGGCCUCAUUUCAUUUCUUUCCAGUUUGGAGCAUGUUUGGAAUGACUGUUGAAACGCUUUCAACUGUGUUCAUUUGUAAGGCUGCUUUCAGUUUUGUUUUGUUUUGUUUUGGGGUGUUUUUUUUCCCAGUACAUCCUGUGAUUUGUGGAUUUCUGACCACAGACAAAUCAUGAGUGUACUCAGAAGAGAUGUGUUGCCAAACUGGACUGUCUUUCUCCAUAAGUAGGCCUUACAUGAUCUCAAACUAGGCAUUGCUGAUACUCGCCAUGAAAAAAAUGGGAGCAAUGUUGCCACUUGCACAUCACAUUGUUGUGGGUAAAAUGAGCGGUGAUUGAGAGUGGACAGUAGACCUGUUCAUCCUCAUGUUUCUCUGCCAUGUUCAUAAAGUCUGGUCCUUCUCACUGCAGGUUACUGCCUGUUUCCUGCGAGACAGUUUUUGACAAUCCUGGAGGCCAUCCUGCUUCUGGUUCUGAUGUCAUUAUAAUCGGUAGCUGCUUAUAAAUUUUAACAAUUCUAAUUGCUUGUUUGUUUUUUAGUCCUGGGUCUUUUUGAAUAAUAUGCACUACAUUGCCAAUACAUAAGAAGUGAACUUCUUACUGAACUGUGCCAACGAAAAUGACAAAAAAAAAAUGCUUAUGGCUGUACAGUAUGUAUAUUAAUUAUUUGAGUGUAUGCGCGUCUACCAGAAAACCUGACCACCUUUCUGUCUGUGUGACUGAAGAUUUUGACCAGGAUGCCAACAUCUGAACUGUGGUUUAAUCAAUCUACCAUUGCCUAAAACAUUCUUUGAAACGCAUCCGUUCUUUUUUUUCCUUUUACUUCCUACAACUGUGAGUGUACUUUAAUGUCUCUGCAGUGGAAGUGCUGCUUAAUAAAUGCUAUCCCCCCCUUUGUAA